AAUUAAAAGAAGGAAGAUUAUGAGACCUUAAUUAUGAGGAUAAAAGGUGAAGUGUUGAAAACCCUCUAGUUCUUUGUCCGAGUUACCGAAACUACACGCUUUAAUCAAUAAUGACUACAAUACAAUGGCAAUUAGAAGAAAAGACGUUUACUUUAAUACGCAUUUCUACUUUUGUUUAUUGUUUUUUUGUAUUUGCAAUGAAGUCAAAUAGUGUCCAACAAACCAUUAUGGUCAUUGGCUGCUUUCAGCUUUCUGAGAUGAUAAGAGAUUAUUAAUUUUUUUAAAAUAAAGAUAUUAUUCUCCAUUAUUUGAUCAAAAAAUGUACACUGAGAAAGAGAAGUCAUUUGAGUGUAUAAAAAGGGACACUUUCUCUGUAUUGUUUGGUAAAGGUGAUCAAUAGAUAGAUCGAUAAGGUAUAAUCUUAUGUUAAGAAUGGAAGUGAGGUGGGGAUGUGAUAGUGUUUUGAUUAUUAUUAUUAUUAUUAAUCUUUUUUUCUGGGGAUUAAUGUUAUGUGAUGGUGGAAUAACAAGUAGUUAUGUUAGGAGUAUUGAUUUCUCGAGAGAUAUGCCAAUUGAGAGUGAUGUUUUCAGAGUACCCUCCGGUUAUAAUGCCCCUCAACAGGUUCAUAUUACACAAGGAGAUCAUGUGGGCAAGGGUGUGAUUGUCUCUUGGGUUACUCCAGAUGAACCUGGCUCAAGUACACUACUUUACUGGUCAGAAAAGAGCCACCUGAAGUACAGUGCCCAGGGUUUUUUUAUUACUUACAGCUACUUCAACUACACUUCUGGUUACCUCCAUCACUGCACCAUUGACAAUUUGGAGUUUGACACCAAAUAUUUCUAUCAAGUUGGAAUUGGUAAUGCCACAAGGAAAUUUUGGUUUAUUACUCCUCCAAGUCUUGGUCCGGAUGUUCCCUACACUUUUGGCAUUAUUGGGGAUAUGGGCCAAUCUCAUGAUUCAAACAGAACACUUACACAUUAUGAGUUAAACCCUGCAAAAGGGCAAACCGUAUUGUUUGUUGGGGACCUUUCUUAUGCAAACGACUACCCUUUUCAUGAUGGUACUAGAUGGGACACUUGGGGAAGGUUUGUAGAAAGAAAUGCUGCUUAUCAACCUUGGAUUUGGACUGUAGGGAAUCAUGAAGUUGAAUUUGCUCCACAACUUGGUGAGAGUGAACCUUUCAAACCUUAUACGAGCCGUUUUCAUGUACCGUACAGAGCUUCACAAAGUACAUCUCCUCUUUGGUAUUCUAUCAAACGAGCUUCAGCACACAUCAUAGUGUUGUCUUCUUAUUCAGCAUUUGUUAAAUCAACUCCUCAGUAUAAAUGGCUAAUGAAAGAGCUACCAAAAGUGGACCGAACAGAGACACCGUGGCUUAUUGUUCUGGUUCAUUGCCCAAUAUACAAUAGUUAUGUGGAUCAUUUCAUGGAGGGUGAACCCAUGAGAGUGGUUUUCGAACCAUGGUUCGUCAAGUACAAAGUUGAUGUAGUUUUCUCAGGCCAUGUUCAUGCCUAUGAAAGAUCUGAACGCAUAUCAAAUGUGGCAUAUAGAAUUGUGAAUGGGAUUUGCACACCCAAAAGUGACCAAUCAGCACCAGUUUACAUAACAAUUGGAGAUGGAGGAAAUCUUAAAGGAUUGGUGACAGAGAUGACAGAGCCACAGCCAAGCUACUCUGCUUAUCGGGAAGCUAGCUUUGGUCAUGGGAUAUUUGAGAUAAAGAACAGAAGUCAUGCCUUUUAUAGUUGGCAUCGAAAUCAAGAUGGCUAUGCGGUUGAAGCUGAUUCCACAUGGCUCCACAACAGAUACUGGAACCCUUCACCUGAACAAUCAUCCAUAGCCAUUUUAUAAUACUCAAAAACUCCAGAAACAACUUCUUCUCACUCUACCAUCAACCAUGUCCACGGACACUAAUUAUUUAAUUAGCAAAUCUUACAAAGUUUGCUAUUGGGACGAAUUAUCUUAUUUGUAAUAGUUAGUAACAAACCUUGGAUCAAUAUAGUUUGUGCCAGUUAACUACAUAGUGGAAUAAUAACAUCAUAAUUAUGUCUUA